ACUGCGGUAAUAUGGCUCUUCCUUAGCCAGCGGCGGCGGCGGCCAGCGGGGAGCUAGAACAGCCCUGCCUCUCGGGUGGCUGGUUUCUAGGCUGCAGGGGCGCGACAGAUCGUGGCUAGGAGGCGGCGGCGGAUGCCGGAGGAGCGCCUGCCCCGCCGCUUGGCGGCCCCCGAGUCGAGAUGAGCGCCUCGGCGUUGGUCGGAGGCCCGGUCCCCCCGCCGCCCCCGGGCCCGGCCGCCGCGCUGCCGCCCGGUGCCGCCGCGCGGGCCCUGCAUGUGGAGCUGCCGUCUCAGCAGCGGCGUCUUCGACAUCUUCGGAACAUCGCUGCUCGGAACAUUGUUAAUAGAAACGGCCAUCAGCUUCUUGAUACCUACUUUACACUUCACUUGUGUAAUACUGAAAAGAUAUAUAAAGAAUUUUAUAGAAGUGAAGUGAUCAAGAAUUCCUUGAAUCCAACGUGGCGGAGUCUAGAUUUUGGAAUAAUGCCAGACCGUCUCGACACAUCUGUGUCUUGCUUUGUGGUGAAGAUAUGGGGUGGAAAGGAAGAUGUCUACCAGCUGUUGAUUGAGUGGAAAGUCUGUUUGGAUGGGCUGAAAUACUUGGGCCAGCAGAUUCAUGCCCGCAACCAAAAUGAAAUAAUUUUUGGGCUGAAUGAUGGCUACUAUGGUGCUCCAUUUGAACAUAAGGGUUACUCAAGUGCUCAGAAGAGUAACCUUCAGGUGGAUCUGAACUGCGUUCGCAAUUCUUAUGAUGUCUUCUCUUUGCUACGGCUACAUAGAGCCCAGUGUGCAAUUAAACAGACUCAGGUAACUGUUCAGAAAAUUGGAAAGGAGAUUGAAGAAAAACUAAGACUCACCUCUACAAGCAAUGGGCUGAAAAAAGAAAGUGAGUGUCUGCAAUUAAAAAUUUUGGUGCUUCAAAAUGAACUGGAAAGACAGAAGAAAGCUUUGGGACGGGAGGUGGCAUUGCUGCAUAAGAAACAAAUUGCAUUGCAGGACAAAGGAAGUGCAUUUUCAACUGAGCACCUCAAACUUCAACUCCAGAAGGAAUCCCUAAAUGAGCUGACCAAGGAGUGUACUGCAAAAAGGGAACUCUUCCUGAAGACAAAUGCUCAGUUGACAAUUCGUUGCAGGCAGUUACUCUCUGAGCUUUCCUACAUUUACCCAAUUGAUUUGAAUGAGCAUAAGGAUUACUUUGUAUGUGGUGUCAAGUUGCCGAAUUCUGAGGACUUCCAAGCAAAAGAUGAUGGAAGCAUUGCUGUUGCCCUUGGUUACACUGCACAUUUGGUCUCCAUGAUUUCCUUUUUCCUACAAGUGCCCCUCAGAUAUCCCAUAAUUCAUAAGGGAUCUAGAUCAACAAUCAAAGAUAAUAUCAAUGACAAGCUGACUGAAAAGGAAAGAGAGUUUCCACUAUAUCCAAAAGGAGGGGAGAAGUUACAAUUUGAUUAUGGUGUCUAUCUUCUGAACAAAAAUAUAGCACAGCUGAGAUAUCAACAUGGACUAGGGACUCCAGACUUGAGGCAAACCCUUCCUAACCUGAAAAACUUCAUGGAACACGGACUCAUGGUCAGGUGCGACAGGCAUCACACCUCCAGCGCCAUCCCUGUUCCAAAGAGACAGAGCCCCGCGUUUGGGAGUGCAGAUGGAGGCUUCUCCAGGGCAGUCCCGUCCCCAGACAAAGGGCACCGCAGACGGGCCAGCUCCGAGAACGAGAGACUCCAGUACAAAACCCCGCCCCCCAGCUACAACUCGGCGCUGGCCCAGCCUGCAGCCGCCGCCCUCACCAGGGCAGAGGCCGAGAGAAAGGCAGCGGCGCUGUCCUCCUCCUUGGACACCUCAUUGGACUUCUCCAAAGAAAGCAAGAAAAAAGGGGUCGACUUGGGGGACAGCUUGAAUGGAGGCCCCGUGGACCUGAACGCUAGCCAGGAGCGAGGAGAGGGCCUCCCUGGGCACCCCGCCGCAGUGAAUGGCACCGCGCUGGCCGGCGAGCAGGCCAGCCCCGCCGCCGCCCAGCUUUCUGGUGCGUUCCACCCAGCCUCGGAGGCCGAGCUCCGCUGCGCUGUGGAGCAGGCGGAGGAGAUCAUCGGGCUGGAAGCCACGGGGUUCGGCUCGGGCCACCAGCUGGAAGCAUUUCAGUGCAUCCCCGUGGACAGCGCCGUGGCGGUGGAGUGUGACGACCAGGUCCUGGGAGAGUUUGAGGAGUUCUCCCGGAGGAUCUACGCCCUGAACGAAAACGUCUCCAGCUUCCGCCGGCCGCGCAGGAGCUCGGACAAGUGAGGUGAGGGCCGCCGCGGGACCGGCGCAGAGGCGCUGCCUGCGCUCACCCUUUGUGGGAGUUCUGACACAACUGGAUGUGAGUGCAGCCGGUUCCUGGAGCCACAGGCUGGCUGAGCGCGAUGGGACUCGGGUCAGAGCUCACUUGCAAGGCCGGCCUUCCAGGCCCCACGCGUGUUUGAAGGCAAGAGCCACCCUCUGGACGGAAGAGCUGCUCGCUCGGGUCCCUGUCCAGGUAGCCGUCUGUGUUUUAGUUACACUUGUACGUUAUCCUCAGAGGGAAGAUGAUAAUAUAUAAAUAAUAUAAUAACUCACCGUUCCUUUCUCACGAGCGCUGGCCGUCGCCGUAGUUCAUAAACCGCUGGGGACAUGGACUACGCAGCGAUAGGUUUCUGCUAUCUACUGCAGCGUCUGUGGUUGGUGGGGAAGAAGUGCAGUGGUCUUGGCCCCGGGCCCCUCUCCCCUGCCCCCCCUCCAGCCGUAGCCCACCUGUAGACCGCACUGCGGCCCCCGCCUGCCCAGGGGCUGGGCUGUGCGCCUGAGGCCUGAGAGUGUCAGGCGCGCUGGUUCUCUGACCCUGUCGUCCCAACGGUCCAUUUCUUCUGGUCAGCCGUGACCUUCCACUUGCCCUGCCGAACCCGGGACCCAGUCCUUACAUUGGCUGGAAAGCUUGCCUCUGGUGGACCCUAGCGUCCUGCCGUCAGAGGCCAGCCACGUCCCUGGGGGCCGAAAUCUUCGUGUGGACAGAUGCCGUGGGCAAAAGUGGGCAGUGCACUCACACUCGGCAGGCCAAAAUUCCUGUAUGUAAAUCCCAUGUUAAUUUAUUAAAUUGCGGCAGAAGGAAGACACUGUGGAGAUAAGAGCGGGCGCCGUGGGUGGAUUCAGACUGGAUGAGGCGUAGACUGCGAUUGGCUGUGUGUGCAGUUUCAUAAAUAUUAAAUUCUGUUUUUGAAUUCCAGUUGUCAUUCCUGCAUUCAGAUCUCGUUUGCUGUUGCUUUAUACAUUAUGUACCCAAGGACAUUGCCUCAGGGUUGCAAACUCUUUAAGGAAAAUGUAUCUAUAUAUCCAUGUAUUAUAGAGAAUAAACAUUGAUUACUUCACUUGACCUGACUCUG